CGAGCGUCCGCGCCGUUCGCACCGUUCGCCCCGUUCGCACCCCGGAGACUCCGGACAGACGCGAUGGCGUUUGACGGCGCGUUAUUGUCAUCGUCCCGCCGAAGAUAAUUAAUAUCCGGGCGACGCGAGAACGGUAUUUCGAAACAAACCCGCGACGACCGUUUUCACAGAAACCGAGGGUAUUUUUGUUUCGUUUCCCCCCCCCCCAUCUAUUCGUUUUGUCCAUCCGUUUGUUAUCCGUACCAUUUUAUUAUUGUUUUCGUCGAACGUGUUUGUUUUUUUUUUUUUUUUUUUUUUUCGGCCGGCGAUGCUCGCGUCCGUACCGCGCGAUUCCUCCUCCGUCGUCAGCGGCUAGGCGCCGCCGUCUUGUUUUUCGUCUCCGCGACCGGACCGAACCCGAUAUCCGUUAUCCGGCCUUGUCUGAGUGUACCGUCGAUUAUAACAUCACGUACUCGCCAAAAGUCUGCGGCAUUAUAAAAAAUAUACCCACCCAUCUGUAAGCAGUUCUUGUAGUGUUUUUCUAUAUUCUUUCUUUUUUUUUUUUUUUCUGCCGGCCGUUGCGCCCUCGGCUAUACCAACAACACACCGACAACAGCAACAACAACAAUGACCAUUACGUACACCGCGGAGGUGGCCACGUGCAGAGGUUUCGGAUGUUUUCUCAAACUGUUAUUGAGGUGAAUUUAUAUUUUACUGCCUAUAUUUGUAACCGAGUGCGUUUGCUAUUACAUUAGUCGCGAACGAUUUGACGUAGUGGGUCGUCCGCGAGAGCUAGGGGGUUUACGUGUAUAAGCCCCCCCCAUUGACCGUGUUAGUGUACACAAAAAAGAAAUGGGUAAUAUAAAAACUGAUUCUGCAUUUAAAACUAUUAUUACUCGUAAAAUAAUAACCGGUACACACGGGGACGCCGUGUACAGGGAAGUUCUGGGGGCUGCAGCACCCCAUGACCUUGAUAAGACGGAUGAGCUCGGUCUCCCACGGUUCUCAUACCUAUUAUAAAAAAAAAAAACAAAUUUUGUCACGUACAUUCUCAAAUAUUAAUUUUAUUUAUAACAAGUUAAUUGAGAAAGAUAAACAUGUUGUUUUUUUUUUUUUUUGUGAUAUCGAUAGCAGAGAAAAAGUGUAGAUUUCUGGUAAUCAACUAGGUUCUUGGUUAAUUGGUGUCUAGUAUUUUUAAAUUUUUGUCUAGUGAUUUGUCACGAUGCUGACACUAUUAAAAUUUUAUAACAUACAAUAAACAACAAAUAACUAUAUAUUUUAGUAAUUGUUUAACGAACGAUUUUAGGAAAAUAAAAACAGGAAAUAUAUGGUAAGAUUUAUGUAAAACUAUGUAUGUGUUUAUAAAAUAGUGAAUACGCCAUUACAUUUUCAAGACCUGGCGCCUCUGGUUACGCAUUUGUGCUAUUCGUAUAGGUACAAUAGCGAUAUUUACUACUUUUUUUUUUUGUUUUGUGGGGUGGGGGAUGCAUUAAUACAAUUAAGAUGGUCAAGUCCACUAGUACUAUGUUAAUUGCAUCCCUCUGGGGAGAUGUAAACCCCCUAAACCCCCUCCUCGUAAAUACGCCACUGGCUAUGUGUAUAUACUAAGACGUAGUGACGUGUUGUUGGCCAUGUUUACCCAAGGAGCCAAGAUUUUUAUAUACCGCCCAAUUUUAUUUAAAUUUACGUACAUCUAUUUAUAAUAUACGUACAUAAAACGGGGGUAUUCAAAUUUCCUCUUUUAUCAGUUUGAUUUAUUUAUUUAUUCAUUUAUUUAUUUAUUUAUUAAUAAUUGAUUAUUUAUCGAAAAAUAUAUAUCUGGUUUGUUUAAUACGCCCACCGACCACCUACAUUUCAACGGAAUCGCGUCUCCUCGAAAACAUUGCCAACAAGCCACUGCUAAUUCGAUCCGGCUCAAGCAAUACGGUCAAUACGUAGGUACCUAGCAUUACACUGUUGUUCAAUGUGUGGAUCACUUGCGACAAAAACCCCCCGAGUAAAAGGCCGUGGUUACAGACGGUACCUACGCUCUCAUAGCGUUAUAAAUAUUUCGCUCGAAUCAUUACAGCAAUAAGUAUAAGCACGCAUUACAAUUUGUUUCGUUCCCUCCGACCUUAUUCGCAGUAAAAUCUCUUGGGUACGCCACUGAAUCAUCGGCUGGCUGACAGCCGCUGUCGUUGAUGUUAGGUACUGGGUACGAAAUACAUAAUGGACACACACAAACCUUAAUCGUAACAGAUACCUACCGAGCAUAAUACAAUAUUUAUUUUUUUCGUCCUUUAACCGAUGUAUUAUAAAUAAUAUUGGGUAUCCGUUGUUUGCGUUUGUUCAAUAAGCCCGGACGGAAUAUUGAGGAACGACACCUCGUCCGUACACCGCAAUAAUUAUUCUUUGUCGUGUCCGUUAAAAAUGUCGUUUGCGUUUUUAUCGCUGCGCGUACCUUUUUUUUUUUUUUUCCCCCCCGUUGUUUGUCCCCGUAGUGUAUGCCCCCGCCUUCUUCACAGCCGCCGUCUGGUCGGCCGCGAAAAUAAUGUUUAUUACAACGACGAACCACACGGUCGGGUACGAUUUUUUUUUUCUUUUCUUUUCGCAACCGUCGCGUUAAUUUACAUACGUAUAUUACGAUAAUGUUCGACUCGAAUAUUUUUCGACGUUUUAUUUGCAUAUUAUACCGCGUGUUUAAUGUGUGUACACUGCAAUACAAUUGUAAAACGGGACAUAAAACACUAGGUAAGGUACCUAUCGUAAUUAAGUCGGUACUCAGUAUAGUAGUUACCCGCCUACUGGUGGCGUGACUUUUAUGGGACGUAUCUGUUGGCUUUUUGUUGACUUAUCGGGUAUAAAUUAUAACGGGUAAUCACAAUAUUAUGCGACUUACAGUGACUAAUUAUUUACAAACUCAAAGAGGUCAUUUUGUCCGGAUUUUACUAUAAACGCACGAAAAAAAAAAAAUACAUAAAAAUAAUUCCAGCCUAAUUAUUUAUUUAUUUUAGAUUCGGAGCGUGGCGGAUUACCAUGAUACGUGUGUUUUUUUUUUUUUUUUGUCUGACCGAACUUCUACCAGAAAUCUUGCUCUGAUGUAUCAAGUGCAUUAACCUUUUCUGCAAGGAAAUUUUAUAUACUUGGUGCAUUGGAAGGUCAUUUUUUGAUUUACCAAAAGGUUUUCACAAUAAUUGGGAAAAACCGGAAAACAAUUUUUAUUUGGUAGAUAGGUACUUACUAUGUAGAUAAAAUUGUUAGACUAAACGGAAAUGUUUGAAAAUUUGACAGAAGGUUAAUUUUAAACCGGGAUUGACGGUAAAAAAAAACUGAGUGUUAUAUUACACUAGUAUUUUAUUUUAUACGAGUUUUAAAAUCAAUUAUUUUUGACGAAAAUCGUAAACAUAACGGCCUUUUAACUGAAGUUCAUUCCGAAUCGUUUUUCGUCAGCGACGGUUUAUCAUUUCUUACAGGUAUGACGUACAUAAAUUGAAUAGCUUUGUGUACCUACCUUCCCGACUUCGCACCUACAACAGUGGCACCCCCCCCCCAUCGUACCCAGUAUCAGCUCUUGUUUGUAUAUUAUCUAAUUGCGUACGAACCCUUCCCCCGACGCCCCGAUCCCAGCGUUUCUGCCUCCUGGUGCAGCUGUACAUUUCUGAUUGAACGGACCGAGUGUCGCCAGUGCAUUGGCCGGGUAAAGUUAACGGUAUUACACGUAAUGAACCCGGUACCUUUGUCGGGAACUCGGAACAGUUUUUCCUGUUCCUCGACAACAACGUUCCGCGUACCGCCCUCUCAAAUCCAGGCAUAAAUCCGUCUAUUCCGAUCCGAAUCAGCGCCGUCCCGCGCGCCAUUCGCGUUAGUGACCACACGGAUCCGGUAAAAUAAUUUCCAUGGUCGGUAUUGCGAAUACAAAAUAAUACGUACCGUCAGCACGUGCCCGUACAGGCGCAACAGCCAAAACGCCUGCUCGCCGAACGUCUGCCUGUACAUUUUCCGGCGUAUUGAACGCGGCGGGGGAAUUAUAAACAUUUCCGCGAAAUUUUCGAUUUUGUUCGUACGAACACUGCGAGUCCUACGUAUGACGCGUAAUUGCGUAAUUUCCAUUGCGCCUUCGGACGUUUCUCAUUAGCUUCGGAUGUACGCGUGCGUAAUACACGGUAAUUUCCAGUAAUCUCCCAAAAACCGGUUUAUAAUAGAAUUAUCACGAUUGAUAGAAAGCGAAACCGGCAACAAAAAGUAUGACAAAUUUAAUGCACCUUGAUAUUGAACGAAAUAUCAAACUGAGAAGCGAUUCGAAUAACAUUUUUUUUCGUUUUUUUCUAAUUUUAAAUGCGCGGGAGACGAUUCGAGGGCGGACAAGUUACAGGUACAUGGUUUAUCCCUCUAAGCCCGACGGUAUUCAUCUAUUCCACAUAAACGGUACACGAAUACACGAAACAAAUUAGACGUUCAAACUACGACCAGAUAGGUGCAUGUAAAAAAAUCCCACGCGAAACCUCGCGUAUAGUCGUAUAACGCGUUAAAAAUUAAUUCCAUAUUAUUAUAGUAAGUAUAUCUCUCGGUUUUUUUUUUUUUACAUUUCGAAAUCCGCCGUUGUACAGUCGUGUAUUAUAUUUAUCUCGGUAGGUAGGUACUACCUAUAAUCUUGAAAUAAAAAUUAUCAUCGUCAAUAAUGACACUCUGAUCUGGUUUUUCGUAAUUAUAUACGGAAUUCCUGCGGUGCACCGGCCUGUCUGUUAUUGAGUUUAUAGUACCUAUCCGCAGUGUAAUAAUAUUAUAGUUCGGUGGUGCCCCGUUUCCGGGCCUCUCGCUCAAAGUUCCAUCAUCACAAAUUUGUUAUUAUUUCACUCGUUCGUUGGCCUACACGAAGGACCAUGCGAAUUAAUGUAAAGAUAAUAGCUUUGUUCGUGCCGCUUUUCUGCGAGUGUGCGUGUUUAACCUUGAACUGGAGAAGUGAUCGUACCUACUACAUACACCGGUUUUAAUAACACAAUAUUUCAUUAUGAUCGUGUGCUUGUCAGAAAAAAAAUAAACAACUGACUUCAUUCUUUACAGAGUCGAGUCAGGUAUGUAUAUCGCAUGCAUACGAUACGAACGCGGAAAUAAAUUCGGUUCCGAUUAUUGAUCGUUUAAAUUUUGAUAUCGGAAAGACACGCGCGUGUAUCAUUACCAAAAAUAAAUAGUGACGGGUGUAAAAUUCUAACAAAAACAUAUCCAAACAGUAGGAAUAGUUUGAUUUUCUGAAGAGUGACAUUGAAAUUUACAAAUGAAAAUAAACAAUUUCGGAUAAGAAAUUUUUUCUUUUUCUAUAGUUAUUUUGUUGUAAAAUAAUUAUGAGAGCAUUCUAUCUAUAAUUUACUAUGAUAUUGUAAUGAUAUUUACAAAAAAAAAACCUAUUUUUCGCAACCUUGAUUACAACUAUUAUCUUAUCAAUAUUGAAAAUGUAUAAUUAUACAACCCCAAAUUGACAACCCGUCUAUGAACGGACAGUUAUCCUAUUAAAGGCCGUGUUUUACAUAAAAAUAUCUAACUACCUAAAUAAAUUGUAGAUAAGUAAUGAAAAUAUUUUUUACAGCUGAUAUAUUUUAUAUUUUUCUCUGGGAAAUAGGAUAAUUUUGUUCAAACAAAUGAAAACACGUAAACAGAUAAGAUACCUAGGUACCUAUAUAUUAUGUUAUUUUCAAUAAUCUUUUAAUUUUACAUUUCUAUACGAAUAGCUGGCAGUGGGAGGGGGAAUUAUUAUCAAGGUCGUGCAGUACUCGUAUAUUUCCUAUGUUGAAUAGUUUUAAUGAAUGUAGGAUGGAUACCGUGUACGUAUAUCUAAUGCUCAGAUAUUUUAUUUUUCUUUGUCACUACAUUCUUUUCAAUAAUAAUAAUAUAUAAUAAUUAUAUAGGUACUUAUAAUAUAUUUUGUUCGUGUUUAGGUUUCGAAAAUCGUGUCGAAUUUAAGUGGACGCUAUAUUCGCAAACAUUAUGUCCGUAGACGGACGAUAUAGCAAAUGUGCGUUCAGCGAAACCAAUUUUGUGCUGUUAGUUUUAAUAGUAAAGUGAAUUCUCCUAUUAUUUUCGGUACUUAGGAUGUUUUAUACAAAAGAGCGGUGGCUUUCAUAGGGAUGUAAAUUACGGGAUUAAAUGUGAUUGGAUAGUUGGAUCAUUCGAUUGUGAAUGAUAUGAAGAUAGUGUAUGUGAGGUGGAAGACCGGGUCAAGUAGAAGUUUAGAACAAGAGUGGCCAACCCCAAAUAGUUGAAAUGCAGCCAAAGGAAUAGAAGAAGAAGAAUUCCUAUAAUAGUGUGUCGGUUAAGGGUCCUCUAAUCAUAACUUGUUUACUCAGUUUGUCUUACUCGUAAUUAAGCAACAAAUACAUUUCCCGCUUCAACGAUUGCGACUUUGGUUUAGUUUAGGGCAAACGGACCUACUUUAGGGUAAUAUUAGGUCUCAAAUACCUAUUUUCGAACCAAUUAGGACGCAGACUAAGUAAAACUAGCUUGAUUUUAAUUUUAUAAUAAAAUUACCUAUCAUGAAAUGUAUAAAGAAAAAUAAUUCGGAGGGAAUGUCAUGGGAGGUUUUUGAAUUAUGAAUUAUUAAAAAAAGGUAACAGUUAUUUAAAUACCUAAAAAAAAAAAUGUUUGUGUUGCCUUUUAUAUCGAGCUGUAUAUUUAGAAUGAUACAAAAACAAACCCGAGUGUCAUGCCUUCGUUUCUAUGUUGUCCAUUAUUAAUAAAUAAUAAUUAUUAUUAAAAAGGACGUUAUACCUACAUCUACUGUCACAGUCCAACUACCGGGUAACACACAAAAACAAUGCUUACUUAAAAUAAGCAAAUCUAGUUUAAUUUUGAUUUUUAGAGCAAAAGUAUCUAUUAUGAAAUUUAUAUAGAACAAUAUUUUGGAAGGAUGUAAUAGGUGUUUUUUGAAUUAUGAACUAAAAAUUAAAGUUUUUGUAUCGUUUAUAUCGAGCUGUAUAUUUUAACAUUCCCUUCAAAAUAUUGUUCUAUAUAAAUUUCAUAAUAGAUACUUUUGCUCUAAAAAUCAAAAUUAAACUAGUUUUGCUUAAUUUAAGUAAGCAUUGUUUUUGUAUGUUACCCGGUAGUUAGACUGAGACAGUAGAUGCGGGUAUAACGUCCUCUUAAUAACUAUUCACAAUUAAAGUCGUAAGUAAAAUCCUUAUCACCAUAUAAUAUUAUUUUUAUAUUUUUUCGUAUUCAUAUGUACUUUUGCGGACAACGGCUAUUUUAAAUCCUCCUAAUACUUCAAGUACACUUUUAAAAAUAUUAUCUAUACAUUUUAUACUUCACAUACUUACAUAUAUAUAUAUAUAUAUUAUAUAGAAUUAUUCAAAUUGUUUAAAACCAAUAUUGUUGUAUAAGUUGCGUCGCGAAUUAAAAAUUAUUUAAAUAUAAAUAUGUGUACCUACCCGUCUACAUACAAAAUGGUACAGUGACAAAAACUACGAGUUUUAAAACAUUAAUAUUACGACGAUAACCUACAUAAAAAAAAAAUACUUUUUACUUUAUUAAUAUUAUAAAUAUAGCUAUAUAAGGUAUAUUUUUUAAUCGCAAAAUUGUCAUUCUGGUCGAUAUCGAAUAUCAACACUUGAUAUUUCAAUAACGUUUGGCGAUUAUUUCGUGAAAAAUAUAAUUUAAUAAACACAUUAUUAUUGCAAUUGCAAUACUCAUAAAUGACAUCAUAUUAUAAUUAUAGGAUUAAGCAGUAAAAUCAUUUUGAUAAGUGUCGCUAGACGGUUUCGUUAAAUCAGCCGAAUUACCUAUGGAUAUUUUUAAAAAUCGUCAAAUAUCCUAAACAUCCUUAUUGAUGUACUUAUACCAAAUUUGCAUAAAUUUUAUUUAUACAUUAUUUAAUUUAAAAAUUAACUAAAGUCUCGACUUUAUCAGCAGCUGCUAACUACGAAUUUGUGUUAUUUAUUCCAACAUGAUGUAUACCUACUUUAGAUUAAAAAAUUUGUGUUUAGUACUUGUUGAACUUGUUUAGUAACUGGUUGAAAAACUAAUAUAUUAUUAAAGAACGUCAUUUAAUUUCUUCGACUUCAUAUAUACAAUAUUUUAAUAAUGUAUAACAUGAUUUUAAACAAGUUUUCUCAAUUCUCUUUACAAAAUAUUUUAUUAAAUAACUAUUACAAAAUUUCUAUACAGUUAUUCGUACACACUUUAACAUUUGAAACAUAAAAAAUCAUAAAAAAAAAAAAAAAUACAAAACGAAAUAUAGAGCAAUCUAUUGAUAUGUAAAACCGAGUCAAUGCGUCUAAAUCCGCAUCGCAUUGUAAAUAAUUUGUAUAACUGCCCAAGAAUAUUCAGAACAAACUAAGAUACAUCCAACAGUUUUCUAAAAGAAACGAGUAAGACUUGUCUAUUAGACAAAUAAUAUAUUCAUCUAAGCAUUAUUUGAAUUCACAUUUCCGGGGAGAAAGGGAAUUAAAUCUAAAAAAAAAUAUGUAUUUUUUAUAAAACACGUUUACAAAGACAAAUAUUAUACCAAAAUGUAUAUGUAUGCUAAUACUCGAAAUUUUUCUUUCGGUCGUUAUAUAAAUCGGUAGUAAAAAGGGAGUUUAAAAAAAAUUUUUAAUUGGAACAAAUUUUGAUCUAAUCAAAAUAAGAAAAUUUUCAAAAUGCUAUUAAAUUAAUGACUGAUUAUUAAGUUUUCGCGUUCUAUAUACUCGUACACGUGAUACUGUCAUAAAAUUCGAUUUUUUUUUUUUUUUUUGAGAAAUUAUAAUACAACGUAUUUAAAUAUGAACCAGGUGGUCCAUUUAAGUGGUUACACUCAUUAUCUCAGAAAGUAUUAACUUUUUCUGGGAUUUGUUUUCUAGAACAUUUAAGAAACAAGCUGCUCUACGAUUUUAUAUUUAUGUUAUUUUUUGGGGUAAACAAACUACCUACUUUUGAUUUUCAAACGGUAACCUAUAUUAAAAAGUCCAUAAAUAGUUGGAGUAUUCAUUAAAAUAAAUUUGAGUGUUGAUUUUGGUCGAUCCUUUGACGAGAUAUUCCACUUUUAAUUUUAGGUUGUAAGAGAAUAGUGGUGCAUUAAUAACUGCAUGCCACGUGCCGUACUACCACACAAAUGACACUACACUACUCUCCUCCAACCCAAACUUAAAAGUAUAAUAUCUCGUCAACGGAUCAACGGAAAUCAAAAUUUUCAAGAUUAAAAUUUAUUUUAACUAAUGAGUGUACCCACUUAAAUGGAUCAUCCGGUAUACCUGAUACAACGUUAUAGUUUUAAAAAGCCUUCACGGGAAUGUAUCAGUACCGGGCAAUUAAUUGUUUUAAGUAUCACAAAAAACAUAACGGUGAUAAGUCAUAUACGAUUAGCGUUGAAAAAACGACUAAGCAAAAUUCAAUAGGCAAGAAUUAAAUUCUGAGUAUAAUAUGUCAUAGUUAGUCAUCUUAACUUGUUUGAAUUUCAUUCUGAUAUUAUUUUUUAUAGCUUUUAAUAAUUUUCGAGCCAUCGAACUGGGAAUAAUGAAAAAUGACUUCGAUAAUCGAAGUCAAUUACUUAUCUUUGUUUAUACAUAUCAUCUGACAAAGUAUCGUCUUAUAGUUAAAACAUUAUAUAAUGUGUAUUAUCGUUUUAACAAAGGAAAAUAAAAAAAAUAUUACAAAUAUAAUAUCUAUAUUAUAUUAUGGUCCAUGUUAAACAUAUAAUAUUCUAACGUAUACAUAAUAAUAUUGAUUGGGGAUUGUUAUCAUUUGAUAAUUAUUCACUUUAUAGUGCGUUAGGUGUAAGUAUCAAUUUUCGAUAAGACACUCAUUACCUCGGAGAGUAUUAACUUAUUUUGAGUUUUUUUUUUUUAAAUAAUUUAUGAUUCAAACAGAUUACAAUGUUAAAUUAUCGUUUUUUUUUUUUUUUUUGAGGGGGAUCUCGUAACUAGAUUAGGUUUUAGUUAAGAUGCAUUUUUGUGUUGAUAUUUUUAAUUUCCGUCAAAUCUGUGGACGAGAUAAAACAAAUUUGGUUAAUGGGAGAGUUAGUAAUGAAUCAAUGGAACAUUAUUUGUGUGACGACGCGGUGGGCGACGUUUGAACCAAUGUUCCACUACUCUCCUCUUAUACAAACUUAAAAGUGAAACAUCUCGUCAACGGGUUGACGAUGAUUAAAAACGUCAACAUCAAAAUAUAUUUAAAGUAAAAGUUCAUCUAUUUAUGAAAUUUUUAAUAUAAGUUGUUAUUUAAAAAUCAAAAAUUGGUAGUGGUUUCAUCUACCAAAAAUACGGGUGACAAAAAACAACUGUAAUAAAAUAUUUGAGAACCGUUUUUUAAAUUGUCUAAAAAAUAAAAUUACUGAUGAUAAAUGUAAUAUUUUCCGAGAUAAUGAGUGUUUUCGUAAGAAUUUAUCACCUGUAUAUUAUGUAAUAUAAAUAUAUAUUAAAAAAAAAACAAAACAGAAUUUGAUUAUCUUUAUUAUCUCCGGAGAUAUUGCAAUGGGCAUGUCUUCAUAGAACACUCUGUAUGUAAUAUCUGUUAUACGAGUACGAGAAUUGUUAUGUUUUAUACACUUGCACAAACACAAUAUUAAACAAUUAAAUCGUUGUCAUUAUUUGUCAUAAAUUUCCUGUACGGAAUAAUACGCAGGUAAAUAAUAUAAAUAUAGUAUCGAGUCGAGUUAAAAUAAUACCUGCCUUAUUUAAUAAGGUAGGCUGCUUACAUAGUAGAUAACAUCCUUAUUUUUAUUGUACAACAAUAAAUGAUUUUUAAUUGCAGUUAUAGUGCAUAAUAGAACCGAUAAUAAAAUACAGGUAGGUAGGUAUACGCUGUAAACUGAUAGCGCCAAGUCAUUGUCGUGGAAAUAAAAAAAAAAAAAAAACCUUCAGGAGUUCGAGAAGUAUAAUAUUAUUAUUGUAUAUAAAACAUAACAUACGAUGAUUGAUAGAAUUUGCGGUUAUUCGCAACAAAUUUUAUAAUGAUAAUAAUUAAUAACAAAACGUUCAGACACCUAUGUCAAACCUAACCUAACCUAACCUAUGCACGCAUAAUACAUAACUAGAAUAGAAUAACACUUAUAAAUUAUAAUAUUAUUAUUAUUAUACAUACCUACUAUAUUAUAUAUCUGCGUGUAUAUAGUAUAAAACACUACACGUAUCUACAUAAUAUCUACUAUUUGUAUAAAACAUUAAUUGUUUUGAAACAAAUAAAAUACGACGGGUACUUAUUUACUUGUAUAUACACAUUGUAUACCUAUUUGUAUAGGUACCUGCAGUUCAAUGCGCCCCGAACAGCCGAACUCUUUCGUGUUAUAUAUAUUAUAUUUUUUUUUCAUACCUAUAUACUUUGUACUUACUAUUUUACGGAUGAUCUGAGUUUGUGAACGGUUCUAUCAUUUAGAAUGCUAUUUACGUGUAUUAUCGGUAUAUAUAAUGGUGAAUUAUAUUCGUUUCGGUUGGCGUUGUUUUAACGAUGAUCAAUGGUUUUUUUUUUUUUUUUUUUUUUACUUAUUUAAUAUUCUAACAUGACGACUAUCGAACGCUUUUAAAAAAAAAUAUUAUCUAUGUACAAUGUAAUGCCCUUGAAAUCGUUAUAGUAUGGAGAUAGAUUUCUGAGUGUACGAAUAAAAAUGUUUACUUAAGAGGACGUUAUGCCCGCAUUUACUGUCUCAGUCCGAUAACUAUCGGGUAACAUGCAAUAAUAAUGCUUACGCAGAAUAAGUAAAACUAGCUUAAUUUUGAUUUUAAAGUAAAAGUUCUCACCUAUUAUGAAAUUUGUAAAGAACAAUAUUUUGAAGGCAAUGUCGUAGGUGUUUUUGGAAUUAUGAACUAUAAAAAGUUACAGUUAUUUAAAAACCAUAAAAAAAAAAAAGGUUUUGUAUAUUUUGAAUAAUAUCAAACCCUAUGAUAUUGCCUCCAAAAUAUUGUUGUCUAUACAUUUCAUAAUUGGUAUUUUUACUCUUAAAUCAAAAUUAACAGGGGCGUCGCUAGGAAUCUUUUGUUAGGUAGGCCCACAAUAAGCCUUCUACUCAUAAACAGAAGUGGAGACUUCUCCCAAUUUUUGUAUUAGUCUCCCAUAAGUUCAAAGAUAUCAAUGACAAUUCUUAUUUAUAAUUUAUAACUUAAAACAAAUUGAACCAUACAAGAGUGUUUAACAACAUAAAAUUAUGAUUACUGUACUCGUAAUUCAUAGGUAGUAUAUAUAUUGUCCAUUUAUAAAAUAUUUUUAAAGUAAAAAUUCCAAUCAUCAUAAUUUAUGAUAGUGAACUCAUCAAUAACACCCGUAAAUUCACAUCCGUAAACAUCCAUAAAUUUUCCUUUUAUUUACCUUUCUAUGGAAAUUAACAUCAAAUAAUUUAGUCUAGAACUUUCAGCUAAAACACUAUAAAUACAGGAAAUAUAAUAACUAGUUCAAUUAUUUUUUUAAUUCUUCAAAUUGAACUUGAUAACUUUGUACUUGAUAAAACAAGUCAAAAAGACCAGAACUAGAUGAAAAUAAUGUUUCACCCAAUGAACAUUGAUAUUUUAAUUUAAUAAAAAAUUCAUCAGAAUUAUGAAAUGAUAAAUUUAAAAAGUUUUGCAAAUUACAUAAUUUUUCACUGUCAACAAAUUAUUUUCUCACCGGUUAUUUACAAAUAUCUAAUCAGAAGUACUAAUACUAUUGUAAAUUCAAGUAUAUUAUUUUAUAUGUAAUUGUUUUUUUUUUAAUAUUUUUAUAGAAAAUCUAAGUAGGCCCAGAUCUACCUACUAGGUACGCUCCUGAAAAUUAAGGUAGUUUUAAUUAUUCUGCGUAAGCAUUGUUUUUGCAUAUUACCCAGUAGUUGGACUGAGAUAGUAGAUGUAAGUAUAACGUCCUCUUAUAAAAAAAAAAAAAAAAAUGUGAAGGUAUUUGUAUAUAGUAAUAUGAAAAACGUAAUAUUAAACCAAGCUUUCCUUGCUUAAAAAAAAAAUAAUAAAUAAAUAAAAUAUUGGUAUUCAAUGUUAUUUUCUUCAUUCGAAAAUAUACCUACGCAUAAUGUAUCUUAUAUUGAGUUUAUCAAUGGAAAUUAAUACACGUGUAGGAAAUUUGUAAAAAAAAAAAAAUGAGUACUGCGUUAAUUUUCAAUACAUGACAUGAAUGCAUAUAUUCACUAUGAUUUUUACUAAGUUUUUAGUGUUUUUACUAUGAUAGCAUAAUAUGUUGAAAAAUAAUCACAAUUCAACAAAUUGUGUGUGAAGUUCAUGUUGAUAAUUAUUUGCAAUGUUUUUGAAUAUUAUUUCUCGUGUUUGUAGUGGACGUUAUACUGUUUCAAAUAUAUUUCCACACACAGGUGUAAAAUUUAUGAGAAGCUAUAUGCCAAAUAAACAUUUUAAAAUAAUCAACAAAUACAAAUGAUGUAUAAUAUUAUUUUAUUACAUGUUAUUAUGUUCAAACGUUUUUUCUAUAAAAUUGUUACAUUCAUAUAAACAUGAAACUCAAUAUUUCUACAAUAGUUAUUCUAAAUAUGCUUUUAGUAAGUUUAUGAAAAAUAAAGACAUUAAAAAAAAUUAUUAAGAAAAACAAAAGGAAAAAAAAACAAUGAUUUCUCUGUGCACCAAUAAGACACGAUUUCUAGAAAGAAACCAUCCCCGAAAUUUAUGGUCGGAGCAAUAUUUCUGGUACAUAAUAGUUGUGUAUAGACAGAAAAUAAUUAUAAAAAUGCCAUGUUUUUAAUAAUUUCCAUAAUGUUAAAUUUUUGAACAUGUUCGCUUGGUCAAAAAAAUGAUAUUUAUAUAAAUCCAAAAAAUUCACUAAGUGAAAUGCAGUUUUUCUUUCAUUAUUAAAACAGGGACAUCAUUCUAAAACUACCAAAACCAAUACAUUCUUUGCUUUGCUCAGAAUCUAUACAUUUACGUUUGAAAAAAAUCGAUAGUAUAUUUAAAUAAUAAAUACACAGUAGUAGCCAGAUGAUUAAUUAUUUGGCAUAUCGACUUUCACGUGACUAUUACAGUAGUUCACAACAAUUAUUAUUCUUAAAAUUGUUUUAAACAAUAUGAUUAUUAUUUAAUAAACCAAUAAGCUAACUCAACAAAUUGUUUCUAAUCCAGUGUUUAAUGUCCAGCCAAGUUAAACAAAUGUACUAUUAUUAUUAUUAAUACGUAUUUUGAUAAUAUAAUAAAUUUAUCAUUAUUUCCGCCGUUACUACCCGGAAUUAUCAUUUAUUAUCUAUGCUUGAAACAGACAUUAUAAUAUCUACGGUUUAAAAUCAGUUUUAUUUUUUUUAACUUAUAAGUUUAUAAUAUCAGUAAGAUUUUAACUUGUAUUAUUCCAAAAUAUUUGUGUCGCGGAAAGAAAAAACAUGUUCUCAGUUUCUUAUUAUUCAUAAUUCAUAAACCAAAAAAUUAUAACCUGUGGUCUAUCCGUUCAUUAAUUAUCUAUAGUGUGACCGUAUAAUAUCUUUCGAUAUUUUACCGAGUUACCACAAUAUGUGUUUUACUGAUUACCUAACUAAUUUGGACCUUUGACAAUUCAAAUAAUAUGUUGAUGGCGGAUUACUGAAAUACGAAUUUAAGUCUACAUUUUCAGUCUAAAAACAAGAGUUAUAUAUUUUUAUUGAAUAUAUUAAUAACAAUCAAUAUUUACUAUUCAGUAGCUAUGUUUAAACGUAAACAUGAUAUGGAUAUGGCAAUGUAUUAUAAACAAUGUAAUUCAAAAUGUAAAAAAAAAAAAAAAUAUAUAAUAUUAGCAGUUAUUUUAGAUCUAUUUGGUACAUCAUACGAGGUAGAGAUAAAUAAAUUAAACAAACGAUUAAUUAUUUAAAGUAGCGUAAAAUAACAUUGUAGCAUAAAAUUAAUACUUGUAUUUGUAACGAAAGUAAGAAAAAAAUCGAACACGCGAAUAUGGUCGUAUUUGAUUGUCAUGGGUAUUAUGAUAACAAUAUUAUAACCACGCGGUGAAUAGUUUAAUAUUUUCAACUUUAUGGUAAUAAACGGUAACGUGGAUUUUCGUGGUACCCAAAUAAUUAUGGUUAUGAUAUUAUUCAUCCAAUCAUAUCGUUAUCUUAUCGUUAGAGUGUCAAUGGAAUGCCGCCUUUAUACCCAUAUGAUAUGGUAAAAACCAUAUAGCGUUCUUCUAACUCAUGGGGAUCACCGACGAUUAUGAUGACGUUACAAUUGUAAAUCGUACUUAUUUUGUACCCACCUAAACAAUAUUACUACAGGUGUUUGCGAAUUGAAAAAAAAACCGGUUUAAGAACAGUAUGCAUAAUUAGAUUAUGAUACAGCUGAUAAACGAAGACAAAACUAUCAACUUUGCCCAUUUAUUUGCAGACUACACUGACCUCUACAGGUUAUACUUACGUUUUGCAUAAUAUACGCUUAUUACCAUUUAACAAUAAAAUAAUAAUUUCGUGUGGUAUUAACGAGCUAAUUUUUUUUUUCUUGGCAAAUUUUGGAUACAGUUGAAACAGUUUUUUUCUUAAAAAAAAAUUGUCAUAGUAAACUAACCAGACCGAAACGACUAUAGUAAGGUGUUACGCCCGAUGACGUUUCACUCUAAUAUUACAACGUUGGCUAUAAUAUUAUGCAUAAGAAUUGGUUUCGUUUCAGUAAAAUAUCGAUGAAAUCAGCUAUUCAUCCGGUGUACAAUGCUGGAGGCUGUUAAUACAAAAACCACCGUGCGGGUUAGUUAAAAUGCGAGUGAGCAUUUUUUUUUUUUUUUUUUGUUAUAAUAAUACCUGACUAGGUAUUAUUAUAAUAUAAGGACUGAGGAGGUAUAGACAGAUAGAAGCAUCGCAUGAUGGUUGUAUAGGUAAAAUAACAAUUCAAAUUGAAACAAAUAUUCUCCUAUUAUUAUUAUUUAUCCUAUUAAUCAGAUAUAAGUAAGUAGAAUUUAUUUUUUUCAGCACCAGUCAGAGAAAAACUAGAAAAACCGCUAAUUCUACAGAAAAAAAAUUCUCAUUGUCCCAAUGCUACAUUUUUGAUCAGUGUUUAUUUCAUUAUUGUUUUAUUAAGAUAUUUAUACAAUUAAUAUUUGUGUACGUUUUUUUUUUUUAUUUAUUUUGUAUAUAAUAGGUAUAGUUAUAUUAUAUAGUAAAAUAAAAUUCUCGUUCAAUACAAUAAACUCAUGUAUUAUUUUAUAUGUGUAAACUAUGUAUACUAAUUGCUAAUUAAAUAUAUUUUUUGAACGGAAACCUUUAAUCUUGAUUUUGUAAUAUUUUAUAGGUGGCGAGGAAGUAUAUACAAAUUAGUGUGGCCCGAUUUGGUUGCAUUUCUCAUCUGCUACUAUACUCUGAAUUUGACGUAUCGUUUUGUAUUGAAUGAACAGCAAAAACGGUAAUUUUAUUAUUAAUUAUGAUGUAUAAAAUAUUUUAAAUCUCCGUUGGUUAUAACUUAUUACAGGUUUUAUAACAUUAAUAUUUAGUAUAAAUAACUAUUAUUAUAUACUGUAAAAUCUCUGAACAUUUCUCCAAAAUAGAAUGGCAAGAAACUGAAAACGAUUCUUGUCUACAUACAUACAUUUAUUUAUUUAUUUAUUCAAUAAUAGCGCAUUUGCCAAUUUUUUUUUUAUUUUGUAAGAUAUUUUCGUGUGUAUAUGAGUAUAACGAAUCAGUAUACACUGUGUUUACAUAAAUGAUAACUCCCAAUAAAAAAUUAAAAUACAACAACUUAACUGGCCUUGAAGUCCCAUCACUGCCGUCUCUAUUCGAUUCCAUCGGUCUCUCACUGCAUUAUACUCUUUAUAGGUCAGAAUAAUUCCCCAAAUUAAAUUUGAAUGUAAAAAAAAUGCAUUAUUUAUUACUUUAUUAAUAAAUAUUUUCAUUAUUUUUCUUCUAGUCCUUAUUUUAUCUGCUUUGGAAAAUUAAUUUCCAUGUAUAAUAAGUAUUUAUUGUCAACGAAAUUGUCAACAAUUUAUUAAUAAUAAAUAAAUUAUUACAGUAUUGACACCAAAAUCAAUAUAAUUGUGUACAAACAUUAAUUAUAGAUGUUAUACCUUGAUAAAUUAUAGCAAUAUAUAACCUGUACUACAUACCUACGUAAUUUGAAUUUAAAAUCAUAUUCAUAAAUUCAUAACACUACCUUUUAAUUUCAUAAAAUAGGUAGAUAUUUAUGUGAUCGUAUAUAUUUUAAUAUAGUUUUCUUCUUUAACGAUCAUUAAUUCGAUUUAAAUGUAUUAUUAUAAUUGUAAUUUAAUAAAAAUAUAGACAUUUUGUAUAAGUAAUAUGUGGUAUUGUAUAAGUAUUGUGACUAUAAUAACAAUGUAUAGGUAGUAUUAUAUACACAAAGCAUUUGGUAAAGCUUCUAAAGUUUGAGAAUCGUAUUGAAGUGUUAUUUUAUUGAUUAAGAAACGACUUAUGAAUCGUAUAUACUCGUAAUAUUAAAAAUGUUUUUAUCUUUCGUUUUUCAAAUGUAAAUAUAGAUACCUACUCAUAAAUUCAAAUAAUUUAUAUCACAUUAAUUUAGUAAGUGUGUUCAAAAAAAAAAAACAAAUAUAUUUGUGUCUGACAUACUUGAAUAGGUACCGUAAUAGUUUGUAAUAUGUUUGUACUAAAAAUAUAUAUGUUUCGUUUAAGAAUAUUUGAAAGCGUAACGGAAUAUUGCGAUAAGUACAGCGACUUGAUUCCGCUGUCCUUUGUACUGGGCUUUUAUAUAUCCAUAAUAAUGCAACGGUGGUGGGAUCAAUAUUGUUCGAUUCCGUGGCCGGAUCCCAUAGCGGUGUACGUUAGUGCACAUAUUCACGGACAAGUACGAAUUCGUUACAUUUGCGUUAAAGGAUAUUCGUAUAAUUACACACUUAAUAUGUUAAAUUUUAUAUAAGGACGAACGGGGAAGAUUGAUGAGACGGACAAUCAUGCGGUACGUCUGUUUGGGACUGACAAUGGUGUUCACUAAUAUCAGCCCGAGAGUGAAGAAACGGUUCCCUACACUAGAUCAUUUCGUCGAGGCCGGUACGUGUAACAUUUUUUGAUUAUAGCAUUACUGCGGUAAUUUACAAUUUACAAAUUUACAAUGUAUACAUAUUAUAGGGUGGUUCUCAGCAUAUAGAUGAUGGGGACAUUGGUUUUACAAUGAUGUUUAUUUUUUGAUUUUUUUUCUGUGGACAAAUUUUUACCAAACAUUUUACUUUAAUUUUCAAGUUUAGCACCCGUUCUGAAAGGAAAUUUUACUGGAGUUUUCAUAAUAAAUGGGAAAACCCAAAAAAAAAACGUAGGAAAAACGGUAAAUUUUACGAAAUGGCCUUUCAAAACAUGUAGGUAUAACCAAAUACCGCUCAGAAUCGUUUUUCGUUAGCAAUGAAUACAAUGAAUAAUUGCUGCCUUCAGAUAUACAUUAAAUUGCCUCUUUACUUUCUCAACUUCUCAACCACAACAUAUAGUCUGUCUCCAGAAUUUGUUCAAAACUAUAAAAUAAAUCAUUUUUGUCAAGUUUCAUAAGCAUUAAUCUAUCCUAAGGUGUAAAAGGAGUAAACGUUUUAAGAAAUAAAACAUGUUGUUUUCAUAUUUGUAUAAUUUACCUAGUCAAAAAUUUCAAAAAACUAAAUUACGAACUAGUUAUUUUAAAGUAAACAACAAAUAUUAUACAGGGUUAUAUUUUUUAUAAACCGGUCAUUUUCUGUGAGGAUUUUAAAUUAAUUUAAUUUCUGUAUUUUUAAUCAUUGUGGAAUCGGUUAAGAUUUAUUUUAAAACUGACGGUGGUCAUAUUUUAUAAUAGUUUUUUUAACUUUGACUUAGGAGUUAGAAAUAUGAUUUUACAGCAUCCAAAAACAAAUUAAAUUGUGAUAAAAAUAUGCAAUGACAUAAGUAAAAUUGCAUGAUUCUUAAUAAUGAGCAAUUUUGAUAAAUAUAGAAUAUAAACGUCGGAGAGUUGAAUGACGAAACUACCCCUAUUGUUCUAUUUAUAGCCUACUUAUUUAGGUUGACGAUGUAUAUAACCAACAGUAAGGACUAUUGACUAGACAAUUUCAAAACUGAUUUGGUGCUAAUGCUCCCACCUAUUGCAUGCUUCCGGUGUCAGGUCCUAACUCCUGGACCGACACCGGAUUUUCCAUGUGUCGUGUGCUAUUAGGAUAUUAUUAUCGUCGUUUUUAUAUUAUAGGUUUGUUGUUGGAGAACGAAAAAACAAUUAUAUUGGAUUUAAAUGACAAAUUCCCGAGACAUUCCAAACACUGGUUGCCGGUGGUGUGGGCGGCCAGUAUCGUGACCCGGGCCAGGAAAGAGGGACGGAUCCGUGACGAUUUCGCGGUAAAAACGAUCAUUGAUGAGUUGAACAUUUUUCGCGGUAAAUGCGGUAAACUACUCAAUUACGACUCAAUAAGCGUACCUUUGGUUUACACGCAGGUAACGUAUACAUUAUAUUUAGUUAAUUGUAUACCUAUUAAUUUUCGUACACGUGUAACCUAAUCAAUCAAUGGUGUAUUUAGGAUUUAUGUACCCCCCGCCUUCGUAGCAAAACUAAACUGAAAAAUAAUUUGAAUAUUUUAGAGUCGAUCGAAUUUCGGUUUUCCAAAAAUGUCGAGAAAAUAGCCUACACAAUAGAAUCACUGAGGUACGGAUGUACCACACUAGCGCGUCCUCGAGUUCAAUAUAUUGUAACGAUCGUAUAUAAUACAUAGGAAUAUUUCGGAACUUUUAAAACGUACAUACUAUGUAGUAUAUGCAUAUACUGGUCAUUAAUAUUAAUAUAUUGUACCUAAUACCUAUUCCUAUUAUUAAAAUAAGCGGUUAUAUUUUUACGGUUGCAAGUACGAUAUUAAUACGAGUACGUCUAAUUGCUGCACGCGCAUACAAUUAGAAGAGGAAACGCAAUUAUAAAUCAUGCCAUAUACCAUCAUAUACCUAUAUAUCAUACAAAUCGAUUAAAACAUUUCAAAUAAUAACUACAUAACUAUACUCAUAUUAUAUUAGUACUAACGUAAUGACUGAGGUUUAAGACUGUUGUGCGUAUGUUUCGCAAGCAUAACAUUCAUAGUUUACACAAUUAAAAUUACUAUGUGUGUAUAUGUAUGUCUACGAAUAUUUCUCCAUAUUAUUUGAACUGAGUUUUAGAUUCUGAGUGGGGCGAAGAAGCUUAUGGUUCAAUAAAGAUGUUUUUUAUUUUUUAUCUGUGCGAAACUUUUCUACCCGAAGACUAACUUGCUCGGAUUUCUGAAAGGAAAUCGGCAUAGGGUAGUACUUUAAGAAAGUCAUUUUUCGAUUUUCUUAAGAGUUUCUUCUCAAAUGUGAAAAAUAAAGAAAAAAACGGGAAAAUAUAAGAAAUGUAGGUAAUAGUUAAAAUAUAUUACGGCCUUCUAUUUUUCUGAGCACAAUUUUUCUACCAGUAAGUUUGUUCCAACUUUUAAGGAUAGCAAUGUUUCUAAAAAGAAAUUUCACCAGUGAGGUACUUUAGAAAGGUCAUUUUUCGAUUUCCCCGACAGUUUUCCCCAGCUAAUGUGAAAAACCGGGAUAAUACAUAGGAAAACCUGGAAAAACGUAGGAAAACUGGAAAUAUCGGUACAACAUUAAACAUAUAUUAUUAAAGCAAAUAUAUAAAGCCUAUUUAAUUACCAAUUUGACCAAUUUCAGAUUUCAAAAUCCGAAAAUUGUCUAGUUGAUACUUUAACAACAUCAUUUUUUGAUUUUGUAAUCAGGUUUUCAUAAUUACUGGAAAAAAAUUUAGAAACAAACGGAUAAAUAUUUACGGCGUAAUGAUUUCAUGAUUUUAUAUUAUCGUAACUAAUGUUAAAUAAAUAUGGAGACUUGUAGUUUUCACAAAAUACUUAUAUUGUCGUUUUGUAGACUUAGUAAAAUGUUCAAAACAUUCCAGCUAUUUUUAGGCUAUUUACAGUUAUUUAUAAUUUUUGUUUGGUAGGUAUCUGUGAUUAAAAUUAUUAUAUGUGUUAAGAAAAAUUUUUCGGAUUUCGGAUUCAAAAAUUCAAAAAUCCGGUUUUUCCCACCACUAAUUAAUAGUAAGUUCCUUAGCAAAUUCAAAUACCUACAAAUUUUAAUUUCAUUUUAAUUCGCCUACAUUUAUCAAAGUUUGGUAUUAUUGAUCCUAGUCCUGGUGCACAAUUCGAGCCUGUAGGUACAUUUAAGGUGUUUGGGUAUAGAUAUACUUAUUAAAUCUUCUUUCACCGAAGAUGCAUGUGACUUCGUAUCAAUAUAAUUCUAGUCAUCAACUUUUCCAAAAUUAAACAAUUAGUCGUAGAAAAAUUCGAAAAAACUUCUCCCAAUCAAUUCCGAACCGAUCCGUAUACAUUUCGGAUAUAAUAUAACACACUCGUAAUGGUUUAUAAAAACUCACGUAUAUAAAUGAUAUUUGUGUAUCGAACAUUUUGUUGAAAUCAGGAGUUUUAUUCUCGACGAAUGAAAAUUAUUCUUUCAAAAAAGAUUUCAAGAUAAUUUAAGUGUAGUGAGUAUAUGUGUGAGUAUUGACAUAAAUAUCAUUUGUCGCAAAAUCUUAUUGUAAAACGAACGGAACUAGUAAACAAGUGUACGAUACAUUAAAAAUAAUUUAAUUGAACGAAAUCGGGAAAAUGUGUUACUUAUAAUAAUUCUUACGAUUUUUUUUUUCGCUUUACCAGGUAGUCACUCUGGCCGUUUAUUCAUUUUUCAUUACAACUGUCAUGGGACGACAAUGGUUGGACAAACCCCUGAAACCGCUGGCCAAUUUAAAACAAGCAGACUCGAGUCCGGCGAAUUACAAUUACAUUGAUUUGUAUUUUCCCGUAUUUACUACUCUACAGUUUUUCUUUUACAUGGGAUGGCUCAAAGUGGCCGAAUCGCUGAUAAAUCCGUUCGGCGAGGACGACGACGACUUUGAAGUGAACUGGAUUGUAGACCGUAACGUCCAAGUAUGCAAAAAAAAAAAAAAAUUAUAUAUAUAUUUUCUACUUUUAUAUUUUACCUGCAGCUCCAUAUUUGUCUAUAUGGGGACGUAUUUAUUGGUAGUAAAGCCCCACCAAGUGUGUGUGUGUUAUUAAAUAUAAGUAGGAUGAGCUAUGAAGCUUUGGAACGCUGUUUAUGAAUAAAAAACUGGCUGUACCCUCACCCGAAGAAAAGUUCAGAAUACGCACUUGAUUCCUAGACGCAGAACGAAAAAUCGUAAAUUAUUAUUGUGCGGGCAAUAAAUAAUGGCAAAAUCGAUUUGCGUUAUAUUUAUUUUCAUAAUAAUCGUAUUGUAGACACUUUUAAUAAUAUAUUUUUUUUAUAUUUCAAACUUUCUUGCUAUAUAAUAAUCUUCGGCUUUUGCUUAUUUUACGAUUCAUAUUACCCAAGUAUAUGACUAUAUACUAUAUUAUUAUUAUCAAAAUUCAGUUUUAUAUCUACGCAUGGGCGCCCGGGGUGAGGGGGCAAGACGAGGCAUCUGCCCUCAAAUGUAAUUUUAAUAAUCAAUUGAUAUGAUUAUAUUUAAAGUAUUCUCUGAUUUUUGAUUUUAUUAGGUCCCUCCCUGAUAAUGGUGCCCAUGUGCAUGAUGUCUACGUACAAUAGUUUAGGCAUAAUAAUAAUAUUUGUAUGUAAGGUAUUUAUAAUGUGGAUAUUUGUAUAAAAUAUAAGUAAACGGUGUAAGUAAGUUUUUUUUACAUACCUAUAAAUAUACACAAUUUUUAAUGGACAUUUUUACAAACUGCCUAUCAUCUAUUGGUGUUUUGUCGAAUUUCCUUGGAUGUAUUUUCGUUCUGUGUUCAUCAUCUGUUAUUGUGUAACAGUACCUACAAUAGUAUACUAUUAUUUAGAUAUUAUACAUCUAGACUAGAUUAAUUCAGAGGAGUGGCGGGGGGGGUCGUGCCAGAAGGAUCAAAAGAUAUAAAUUGAUUAAUGACUGAUGUCGUCAUUUGUAAAUUAUGUUUAAAAAGAUAAUUUAUUUUCAAGUUCGGCCUCGGGGCUCACUCGACGCUUAAUCCGGCCCCCGUUGACCGAGUUGUGAGUGAGAAUAACUCUGGUCCUGACGACUACCAAUUAAACAUUCCGUGUUUUUCUCACUAUAUACCUCACGAAGAGUUUCACACAUUAUCAUACUGAAUAUCUACUCUAUCAAAUGAUAUUCUUGACAAGUAUAUACCAUAGUGAUGGUUACUUCCGAAUUAUAUAUACUAUCGUUAUAGUUUGAAUGAACUAUCGAAUGUUUUCCGGAAAAAUUAUUGGAUUUUUUCGAAAAACAAUUCUUAUAGUUUUUAAUUUAUCAAAUAGUUCAAAUGCGAAUAACUAUCGUAUAGUUCGAUAACAACCCAGUGGUUGUUAUCGACUGCGGUUGUGUCCAUCACUAUAGCAGAUUCAUAUAAUAUGCCUAAUAACUUGACUAAAAUUAUAAACUAUUAUAUAUAUAUAUUUUUGUUCGCCUUAUUUUGAAAAUAUAGGUGUCCUAUCUGAUCGUCGACGAAAUGCAUCACGAACAUCCCGAACUGAUCAGGGACCAGUACUGGGAUCAAGUUUUCCCUACGGAAUUGCCAUACACGGUGGCCGCUGGCGAACGCGAACGGCAUCCUGAACCAUCGACGGCCAAUAUCGCCGUGUCGGAUGCGGACGCCGAGUAUUCGUUGCCGGCCAAGUGUUGUGACGACGGACAGCCCAACGUAAAUAUUAUUAUUAUGACGAGUAUUAUUAUUCGCAAAGAAAAGUUCAACACGAAUGACAACAUUUUUAUUUAUACGAUUAUACUAGCAUACCGUACUUAUUAAAAAAUCUAAUAUAAAUGCGCCGAACAGUGGCGUAUAGGACCCGUAAGAAAACUACAAAUCUGAUUAAUAAAAUUCAAUAUAAUAUAAUAUUAUUAAUUCCCGAAAAAUUCAACCCCUAUAGGUCCAUUUUUUGAAAACGGUUUGUUUUUUUUUUCUUGAUAAAAAUGCUCCGAAUUUUCGACACCGUUUCUAAAAAGUCGCAAAUUUUUCGCCCCGUUAUACUACUUUUUUUGAAAAAUUGUUCAUUUUUUAAAAAAACUGACUACAAAUGACGAUACAUAGGUUUUAUUUUUGAUAAUUUUUAGUUAUAAGGUGAAAAAACAACGCGAAUAAUAACUAUACAGGGUGUCAUCUAUCGUAAGACACUCAUUAUCUCCGAAAGUGAUACGUACAUUCUUAAAACGUCGCGCGCUGUGUCGCCACACAAAUGAUGCUCCACUACUCUCCCCCAACCCAAACAUAAAAGUGGAUCAUCUCGUCAACGGAUUGACGGGAAUUAAAAAUUUAAACACCAGAAUUUAUUUUAACUACUAUUCCAUUUAUUUAUGGAAUUUUUAAUAUAGGUUGCCAUUUGAAAAUCAAAAGUAGGUAGUCGUUUCACCCCCAAAAAUUAGGGUGACAAAAAAUAGUGUAGAUGUUAAAUUUUAGAACAGCUUGUUUCUUAAAUGUUCUUUAAAACAAACUUCGAAAAAAGUUUAAACACUUUCGGAGAUAAUGAGUGUCUCACGCCAGAUUGACCACUCCGUAUAAUAAUACCCGAGAUGAACCCAACUAGUUUAUCAAGCUCCGUUCAUAACGGUUGCUGCCGCAAUGCCGUAACUGGAAUAUGAUUUCAGAGAAGGGGUUGAACCACUAAAUCCCUUCUCGGGUACGGUCUUGAUUGCUAGUAUAUCGGACACUUUAUUUCACCCCAUCUGUGUAUCUUUAAGUAUUCACAAAAAAAAAAAAAAAAAAAAAAAAAAACAUCUUUGUAAAACCAACACAUUUUUCGCUACACUCGGAAUCUUAAAUAUUUCAGUUUUAAAAAUGUUUAUGAUAACAAUGAUUCAUUUAACACUUCAAUUCAGAUAAACAUAAUUUUCAUCAUACCGUAAUCAAAAUGAUAGUCUCUAUUAUCGGGAAAAAUUCGAAAAUAAAACCAUCCGAUUAAUAUUAUUAAAAAAAUUCAAUAUAAAACGAAUUUUCUGAGAUUUUUUUUAAUGUGCAUACAUUUUUCAUAAUAACAAACAAACACAAACACACACUAUAUGGCUCGUGUUCGCUUGUCCGGGUUACAGUUAAUACAAUUAUUAAGUACUACUCUAUUGAAUUAGUUCCGUCACAUUUUGAUAUAAUAUUCAACAGAAUUAGAAUUUUCAUCGAAACUUUACAUACGUAUACAGAGUGAUUUUCUUUUUAUCAUGAACCACCAAUUAUCUUACAGGAUUUUAGAUGAAUUUAAUUUCUAUUUUUUUUUCUAAUCAUUGUGAAAUCAUUUAAGCUUCUAAAACCAUUUAUUACUCCUACUCCAUAUACCUACCUUAAAUAAGUAUAUACUAAAGUAAAUUUAGAUUAUGAGUGUAGCGAAGAAUAUAUUGGUUUUACAAUGAUGUUUAUUUUUUUUUUUUAUAUUGUGACAAAAAUGUCUACCAAAAAUCCAAUAUGUACGUGUGACACUAUCUUUGAAAGAAAACAUUGUUUAGAUGAUACUUUAAGGAAGUCAUUUUUCGAUUUUCCAAGCUUGAAAACUCAACGGGAGGUUCAUUAAACGUCGUACUUUGUGAUAAAAAAUAAAAGAAAUAUUGUGUAAUGUAGUCAUUUUUUUUUUUUGUAAUUGUUUUAAGAUCAAAUUUUAAAGAAAAUCGUAAUUAUUCCGGACUUAAAAAUCAUGUACAAACGAUCCUCGUUCAGAAUCGUUUUUCGUUAGCAAUGGUCGAUCAUAGCUUAUAGUAAUAAAUUAAACACCUAUCUUUGAUUUCUCCACUUCCCACCUACAGCAGUGGCGCACCCAUCAGCAAUUUUUUUUACCUAUACUUUUACUAAAAAAUCCAUAAUCUUCCUUGCUUUGGAGAUAGUUUCAAAUUUAUAAUAAAUUUUAAAUGUCAACUUCUGCAUGAUUACAUAAUACACACAGCGAUUAACAAAACGAAUUAUUAUCUCGGAGAGUGUUAAUUUUUUAGGAAUUUGUUUUUUAGAGAAUUUAAGAAACAAUCGCCUCUAAAAUGAUACAUUUCCGUUAAUUGUGAUGGUAAACCCACUUGAUUUACAAUGUAAUAAAUGUAUGAAGUUUUAUUUUCAACUAGUUGUAUGCCCGUCAUACAUGACGGUGGACGACGUGUGUUACGUGUAUACUUGGUUUAGAACGGCCAUUGAAAUGUUUCAAAUGGCUACGGAUGCUGCAAAUCUUUUUGGCCAAAAAUGUCUUACAUUUCGACCAGUUUUAUUUCAUUGUUAAUAAAAUGAUGUAAUAAAAUCGCCACACUGACUUAGAUACUUUAAUAUAAAUGAUUAAAGAUCAGCUGUCGAUAAUUUAUUGUUGGCACUUACCUCAAUAUUACACUCAUCUGCAACGACAAUAGGUACACACUGAUGUGUAUUUAGAAUUUAAGAAACUGAGUGCACGACGACACGUGGUUUCAUAUGCAAUCGUAAUUAUUACAAAGAAUGAAUUGUUAAUAUACGAGUACGUCUAAAAUUGCUCGCAUAGCUCCCGUUUAGCAAACAUUUAUCGAAUUUGUAUAUUUGAAGUUGUAUUUUUGUGUUCGGUGAUCGGAAGAAAAAAGUUUAGUAAAAUGUUUUUUUUUUUUUUUUUUUUUAUAGUACCUAUAGUAGCAACAUUACCUAUAAUUAUUUAUGCUAAAUCCAUUAUUUUGUUUUGAGAGGCAAAUAAUUCGUCUAAAUUUACCAUAAUAUUAAGCCGGCUAUUCUUUGUCUACUGAUCGGUUAUCAAUUUAACUGUGUCGUUGAUAACACAAAGUUUAUCUUUUCAAUUAAUUUCGAAUAAACAAAUAAUUACAAUUGUUUACAUUAUAGACCUUACCGAUAACAUGUAAUAAUUACGAUAAUCACGCGCGGCUUUUGGGUAAUAUUUGAAUGUAAAUGGUAAUUUUGUCGCCGCCGCUGUAUACGUUGCAGGACGACGACGACGCGAACAGCGGCAUACAUUUCGUCGCGAACGCGGCCAGUUACAAACGGUCCAACAGUCAGUUGCGCGGACGUCCCAUCUCGUCGCACAGUACCAACGAGCAUCACCAUCCGAACAAUCAGAGUGUGGCCAGUUCGCUGAACCGCGUGGGUUCGGUCACUUCGAUAUUCAAAAAUCUGUUCAAACGCACCGCCGGCAAUUCGGCCCCGUCUCCCGGCGACGGUUAGUAUUUUUCGGUUUAUCUUUUCUUUUACGGCGUUUGCGGUUCAUUUGGCGAGUAAUCGCAUUUUCGUCCGAACGCAGGGCUACUGUCGAGGGUGUCGAGCGGCAACAGGCUGCCCGGGAGCAGUUGGCAGAGCCAGGAGAGCCUGCAGAGCAGCAGCAGUAAACUGUUACAACAACAGUUCGGAAGCGUCCGUAUUGCGGAUCAGGUAUAAUAUAAUAGUUAACAACAUUAUUGUCUAUAAGGAUGCGGCGUUUAGUGACGUAGGUAUACUGACUUUUCCAACGAGGUCGAAUUUAAUCAAAACAAAUUAUGAAUGGUAUAAAAUAUGUUUACUGUAGGUUUUUCACCGGUUCACUUCAACGAUAUAUACCUACCCGCCGCGGGUUCCAUUCAAUAGCCAUUUUUCUCCAAAAAUAAUAUGAGAUAUCCCGUCUGCUUGUAGUUUUCUCUCGAAAAAUAAUAAUAAUCUAGACCAUUGUCUUACAUUGUCAAAUCGAAGGAAGAAAAAGAGCGAGCAUUCGAGUUCUGGGUUUGAAGUUAUUUGAAUAUAUAUAUAUAUAUACCCAACUACACCCUAUGUGUACGCCGUCGAUGUAUUCUUUUGAAAACGAAAUAGGUGGGUGCCUAACUAAAAUUUGCCAUCGCCUUUUAGUGAAUUUGGGUACCUACCUAUUAUAGUUCGGUCAUAUUAAGAGCACGUUUGGUAUUUUUGUUUAUUUUGUUUUUCGCGCGGCCAAGAACCACACGGGAAUUUUCAAAUACCUAAGGUCGUCUACACACGGAGCUAUUCAUUAGAAAUCACUGAACCUAACCUAACAAAUCGCUUUGAGUCACAACUUAUGUUAUUCAAUGGAAAACAACAGACGGCGCUAUUGUUUACUAAUUAGGUUAGGUUACAAACGCGUUCGUGAUCAGUUCCAAGUGAUUCAACUUUCGAGUCACUUCCAAGUUGCGUCACGUAAUUUAAAUCACAAACCGGUUUAGUUUCUUUUGAGUAGCUCCGUGUGUAGAGAGCCUAAGUGGUAUAAGGAAACAAUUUUUAUAAAAUUAAAAAAAUGUGAACUUUCAUUGGUACUACUAUGACAUUAACAUUAUUUAGAUAACAUAAAUGCAAAAAUAAAGUCCAAUUAAAUUUAUUUUGAAAUGAUGUAAUUUGCAUAGGUACAAAUUUGAACUUUAUAUGCUUAUAAAAAUAAAUUGUGCCUAUGGAUUUUUGGAUAUUUGUAUACUGCCAUAAUAACAACUGAUGAAGAACUGAGGAUAAGUUUUCGGAUCUCUGAGAUUAUUUUUAACUAAAUUACAAGAAUAAAUAGGCGAAAAUAAUUACCUACCUUACUAACAAAACUAAAUUACCUACAAAUGAAAACCAUUAAUGCGUGAAGUUUCUUGUUUUUCCUUUAUUAUUAAAAAACUACCUGAAAAAUCAAAAAAAUAGUAAAACUUCACUACCUACAAAACUUUUGGUCUCCUGUAGAAAAGUUGUUUACUGUCUGAAAAAAUAUGCAACAUACCACAAUGUAGUAUACAUACCUGGCUAUGCUCAGAAUAAAACUCUAUAUUGUUUGAAAAUCUAAUAAUUUUAUAUUUAUCAAAAUCCAAUUUGCAUUGUGAAAAUUUGUUUUUUUUUACAUUACAAUUAUAUACACAAUUAUUUUGUCACUUAUUUGAAAAUUAACCUACCUAAUUUUUCCAACAUUUUUUUAUAUUUUUCAAAAUUUAAUUUGUUUUCAUGUUAGUUAGUUAUUGUAAAAGUACCUAAUUAUUUUUUUUAUUUGUGAUUUAUUAGGUUAUUGAGGAGCUUGAUGAACAAAUGACAAUCACGGCAGGUGGCAAACUUGAGAGACGCAAUGAGAAACCCAAUAUUCGUACAGUAUUCCCACCGCAACCACCUUUGCCCAAUGACUCAGCAUCAUCCAAUUUGUCAAACAUCACAUACACUGAAUUACUCUCGGUCACUGAUGACUUUGGAUACCAGAACGAAAAACAAGAUGAAUUGUUGCGCACUAGCAGCAGUAGCAGUAGUAAUAGUCGCAACAGCAAUCAACGUACACCAUCAGCAUCAAGCCUGUUGUUUGUUGUUGAACCUGUUACUGUGGCUGAAACUGUUCAGAACAGUAGUCCUCCGAUAAGUAGACCAUCAUCCUCAGUUACAUACGAUUAUGAAAAGACAAGGCGGACACCAGACCAUCAUGACUAAUUAUACCAAAUAAAUACACUUUUUUUUUUUUUUUAAAUGAAUUAUUUAUUAUUAUUAUGAAUAUCGCAAAACUAUAAUAUCUAAAGCAUUUAAUUAAUAUUUAAGAAUAUAAUAAUUAUUUUUAACUGCUACUAAGUACUAAGGCUCAAAAUAAUAUUACAAUUUUUUUUUAAUAUCCUGAAUGUACUUAACACUUUAAUAAUCUUAAAAUAAUUAUAUGAAGUAUUAUAAAAACUAUUCAAAUUUAAAUAUUGUGCCCUAUUAGCAUACUAUACUACAUUAAAUCCAUAAGCAAUGUAUUUGAUUUUAUUUGAACAGAAUAAAAGUACUUAUUUUGUAAUUUAAUUUUAAAUUGUACAAACAAUGAAACAACACACCUUAAAUACAUUUCUGUUGCACAUUUCAUAACUUUAAUAUUGUUAAAUCUACUGUCAUCUUUAAAAUCUAUGGUUUUAUUGAAUGUAACAUAUACAAACAAAAAACUCAUACAGACAUGUGAACAUAAUGAUAUAUAAGUGCAAUUAUCAAAUUUAAGAAUCUGUAAAUUAAUUCUACUUAUACAACUAUUACUAUAAUCUUAAAUAAGUUAUUAUUAGUUAAUCGAAAAAUUUUUAUUUUAUUAAAAUGACACACAUUAUAUACUAAAUUAAUCAAAUAUAUUUUGUAAUGAAUGAAAAAAAAUUAUUUUAUAAAAUUUUAAAUAAAUAAAUAAGUAAAAUUAGAUUAAUUUUUAUAAAAUGUAUUGUUAUUUUUAAUUACAUUAAAGAAUGUUUUAAUUUAAUAUUUUUUUUUUUUUUUUUUUUUAAACUAACCGUCAACUUUUUUUAAAAUAAGUAAAUGGAAAAUUCUAUGUUAAAUUAAUUAUCAAGUUUCAAUUCAUUAACAAAAAUGUGAUAAGUAAAAACAGAUUGAAACAGUUAUCAUUAUGGAUUGUAGCCAACAUAGAUUAAUAAAGGGGCAUAUGAAUAUAAGACAAAAAUUAUAAAUUAUAAUUAAAUAAACAAACUUUCAAAAUUGAAAUAUUAUUGUUCUUAAUUAUAAAAAUAAGAUGUUAAGCCUUUUUACUAUUCUAAAAGAAAAUUAUGAAUUUUAUAUUUAAUCAUAAUCUUUAAAGUUGGAAUUCAUAAUAUAAAUGUGAUAAAUAAGGACAGAUUUAAAUUGAGUUUUUUGUAUCUACGCAAUCAAAAGGGUUAUCAUUAUGGAUUUUAGCCAACAUACAAUUACUAAAAGGAGCAUAUAAGUAUAGUAUAAAUAUAGAUUAUAAUUAAAUGAACAGUGCAAACCUACAGAAUUGAAAUACUAUUAUUUAGAUUAAAAGAAAAAAUUAAUAUUUAAGCUUUUGCUAUUCUGAAAUGAGAAAAUAAUCUUAUGCUAUAAAUUAAUAAAUAAAAUUUAAAAUGAUAAAUUUCUAUGUUUAGCAAUAAACAUGAAGUUUGAAUUCUAAACACAAAUGUGAUAAGAAGGGAUUUAAAUUGAGUUUUGUGUAUCCCCGCUAUCAGCAGAAGGGUUAUCAUUAUGGAUUGCAGCCAACAUAGAUUAAUAAAAGGGCAUGCAAAUAUAAGACAAAAAUUAUAAAUUAUAAUUAAAUAAACAAACUUUCNAUAAAUGUGAUAAAUAAGGACAGAUUUAAAUUGAGUUUUUUGUAUCUACGCAAUCAAAAGGGUUAUCAUUAUGGAUUGUAACCAAUAUACAAUAAUAAGGGGCAUACUAGUAUAAGUAUAUAUUAUAAUUAAAUGAACAAUACAAACCUACAGUAUUGAAAUACUACUAUUAUUUAGAUUAAAAGAAAAAAUUAAUAUUUAAGCUUUUGCUAUUCUGAAAUAAGAAAAUAAUCUUAUGCUAUAAAUUAAUAAAUAAAAUUUAAAAUGAUGAAUUCUAUGUUUAAUAAUAAACAUGAAAUUUGAAUUCUUAACACAAAUGUGAUAAGAAUGGAUUUAAACUGAGUUUUGUGUAACCCCGCUAUCAGUAGAAGGGUUAUCAUUAUGGAUUGCAGCCAACAUAGAUUAAUAAAAGGGCAUACAAAUAUAAGACAAAAAUUAUAAAUUAUAAUUAAAUAAACAAUACAAACUUUCAGAAUUGAAAUAUUAUUGUUCUUAAUUGUAAAAAUAAAAUGUUAAGCCUUUUAAGUAUUCUAAAAGAAAAUUAUGAAUUUUAUAUUUAAUCAUAAUCUUUAAAGUUGGAAUUCAUAAUAUAANUUAA